UUCCGACCGCUCGCUAGUUAUAAAAGACGAGAAAAUCCGAAGGUUGUGAGAAGUUGAGCCUUCUCCCCAACGAAUCGAAACUCUCCCAUUGCUACUCAUCACGACAACAUCCAACGCAAUGGACAAGCUUCCCGCAUCUAUCGCUAAAUUCAGGCCUAUGUGCCCUUACCUCUCAGCGAGAAAGAUGAAAACUCUCAGAACGAUGUCCACCACCCCUUCCACCAAAUUUCCGUCCGUCUCUCGGCUCAUGGUGAAAGCUACCGAAUGCCCCACUAUGCGCCCUGCGCUUCUCCUUCGUUCUCAUGAGCAAGUCGCGGGAUACGCUUCUCUUACUGAAGGGGUUACUCCCCCCCCAAUGGAGAAGGGAGACAGCUACUCCAACGUGAAAACCCCUUCUCCCGGCGUUUGUCCUGUUGCUCAUGCUGCUACUACGGCCCCUGACGCCAAGGCUGCACAUGUCAAUCCAGCCAGUCAACUCGCCGAAGGGAAAAGUAACCCAGCGUCUACAUCUCCCGUUGCUCGCCUUACUGCGGACAUGGAUGGGACGACUUCGGCUAUUCCUCAACCACAUCAUCACGCGAACAUCGACCCCACUCAUUUUGAUUAUGCAGCCUUCUACGAAGGCGAGCUCGAGAAGAAACACAAAGAUAAAAGUUAUAGGUACUUCAACAAUAUUAACCGCAUCGCGAAUAAGUUUCCCGUUGCACAUACGGCGAGUCCUGCAGAUGAAGUGGAUGUAUGGUGUAGCAAUGAUUAUCUUGGGAUGGGUCGUAACCCCGUCGUGUUGGAUACGAUGCAUCGCACGCUGAACCGCUACGGUGCAGGGGCCGGUGGUACCCGCAACAUUGCCGGCAACGGCGCCAUCCAUCUCUCGCUCGAGAAAGAACUAGCGAACCUCCAUCGCAAAGAGGCGGCACUCGUUUUCUCCUCUUGCUAUGUUGCGAACGACGCCACGCUUUCAACGCUCGGAGCCAAACUCCCGGAAUGUGUCAUUUUCUCCGAUAGUCUGAAUCAUGCGUCCAUGAUAAACGGGAUUCGUCACUCCCGUGCUAGGAAGGAAAUCUUCAAGCAUAACGAUUUAGCGGAUCUAGAAGCCAAAUUGCAGAAGUAUCCCAAAGAGACUCCGAAGAUCGUGGCGUUCGAGAGCGUUUAUUCAAUGUGCGGAAGCGUCAGUCCUAUCCAUGAAAUUUGCGACCUCGCAAAGAAGUAUGGCGCCAUUACCUUCAAUGAUGAAGUUCAUGCUGUCGGGAUGUACGGUCCUCGGGGUGCGGGUGUUGCGGAACACCUUGAUUUUGAAGCUCACGGCGUGCUGGGACAAAGCGGUGAACCUGUCAAAGGAGGCGCAAUGGAUAAAUGCGAUAUCAUCACCGGUACACUUGGGAAGGCAUUUGGCGUCGUUGGAGGCUACAUCGCUGGAUCCGCACAUCUUGUUGACAUGAUUCGGUCUUAUGCUCCCGGGUUCAUCUUCACCACUUCGUUGCCCCCGCAUACAGUUGCUGGAGCUCAAGCGAGCAUUGCCUACCAGAAAGAGCAUGUCAAUGACCGACGUCUUCAACAACUCAAUGUCCGGACGCUUAAAGCUCGCUAUGAAGCUAUGGACAUUCCCAUGGUUCCUAACCCAUCUCAUAUCGUCCCUGUUCUAGUCGGAGAUGCCGCACUCGCGAAAGAAGCAUCCGACAUGCUUCUGAGGGAUCACAGGAUUUAUGUGCAGAGUAUCAAUUAUCCUACCGUUCCAGUCGGGGAAGAGCGACUUCGGAUUACGCCCACGCCUGGACACACCUUCGAACAAAUGGAGCGGCUUGUGAGUUCUACGGAUCAUGUAUUCAACAAGUUGGGUAUUAAGAGGAAGAGUGAAUGGUUGGCUUUGGCUGAGAGUACGGUGGCAAAGUUGCUCUUGAAAAGAGAGAGUGAGCGUGCGGAGCCCCUUUGGACUGAUAGGCAACUUGGAUUGAAGGAUGGUACGGCUCCCAAGCAACUUGUUGACGGGAAGAGCAGGAGUGUUCUGGGAGUUGAGGCAAGUCAGCAUGCGAGGAUGAGGUUGGCGCAUUUGUUGGAUGUGGAAGGAGUGAUGCAUGAAGGGGUGUACCCUCCUGUUCAUGCGAUCCCUGGUGCGCCUGGAAGGCGAGCCAAGCUGUUCGGCCCAAGGGCUGUCCCUGCCAGCGCUUGAUUUUGCUGUUUCCGGUUCGCGAACCUUCCCGCCCAUUGUGGUGGUGCAGAAUUGGUCUUAACUAUUCCCCUUGAUCAAAGACUCGUUGAUUGUUUGCUUGGAAUAGAUAGUUCCCACUUGUCUUUUCUUGGCUACUACAAAAAGGAUGAUCAUUAUCGAACGCGUC